AUCCCCCCCCCCCCAAUAUAAUUAUGCAAUGCAUGAUUGAUUCAAAUUUUGAAAUCAUUUGAGUUCCACUUAAAUGAUUGAAGCACCCUCAAUGAAGGAAAAGGGGGAGCAACUGGAAGCAAAUGACAUACCUGUUUAGUAUACACAGUACGAGAGUCUGGAUUUCUCUCAAUGUUUUGAGAAUACCUGUGCUUUGCUAGAACAACCUUAUUAGGAAGAAGAGAGGGGUAGCUCGGGAUCGGGGUUAGGGAGAGAUUAACCACAUGGAGGAUGGACGGUAAAGCUGCCGCGUAAUCCGCACAGUCGACACAAAAUUGGAGCGACAACUCACACACUUUGGAUGACAUGCUCGCUGUCAAGGCAGAAUCAUGAAAAAGGCAAAGCAGGUCAACACUGACAAUGAACCGCCGUCAUAUCAGGAAGCGACUGCGGGCUAUGAGGAGAUGGAGGCCCAGUUUUCCUGGGAUGACCAGACCAUCAGGCAGACUUUCAUCAGGAAGGUCUAUGCCAUUCUCAUGGUCCAGCUCUUCGUGACAGUGGCAGUUGUUGCCAUGUUCACAUUUUGUGCACCUGUAAGGUUCUUCAUUCAGACUCAUCCUAGCCUGUACAUGGCAUCUUACCUCAUGUUCUUUGCUACUUACAUUGCUCUGUCCUGCUGUGGGGACUUGAGGAGGCAGUUUCCCUGGAACAUCAUUUUGUUAGUUCUCUUUACUUUAAGCAUGGCCUUCAUGAUGGGAUUUGUGUCGAGCUUUUACAACACCAAGUCCGUGGUUCUGUGUUUGGGAAUCACCUCCCUCGUGUGCUUUUCUGUAACCGUCUUCAGCUUCCAAAGCAAGAUUGACGUAACUUCCUGCCAGGGCAUCCUGUUUUCGUUGUGCAUGGUCAUGUUGCUGUGCGCCAUUACCCUCUCCAUCGUCGUCCCCUUUGGAUAUGUGCCCUGGUUGCAUGCCAUUUAUGCAGUCCUAGGAGCCAUCCUCUUCACUCUGUUCCUGGCAUUCGACACUCAAAUGCUGUUGGGGAACAAGCGCUUCAGCAUCAGUCCAGAAGAAUAUGUGUUUGCCACUCUCAGCAUCUACCUGGACAUCGUCUACCUGUUCAGUUUCCUGUUACAGAUCGUGGGAGGAGGUCGUGACUGAAGCGCCUCCUCGGAGCCACGCUUGGUUUGGGUCUGUUGAACUCUCCUUCAAGUCAACAGGAGUUCUUCAAAUGUUAAAAAAAAAAAAAACAUUCACCACAUUUUACCUUCCUAAGUGUCAGCCUUGUGAGUGUGUGUGUGUAUGCAUAUUGUAUGACUAUUUGAGUGUAAUACUCCUCUGGUUGGGUAGGAUAAGGUAUUACAGUCAUCUGUGAAGAGCAAAUCUGUUGUAGGAACAUGCAAAAAUGAAAAGCCAUUCAUAGUUGAUAUCAUGUGUUCAAUGCCGUGAAAAAUUAUUGACCCCUUUCUCAAGUUCUUAUAUUUUGGGAUAGUUUCACCCAUCUUAACUCUGGAGAAUCCAUCCAUCCAUCCAAUUUCUUAACCGCUUAUCCUCACAAGGGUCGCAGGGAGUGCUGGAGCCUAUCCCAGGUGUCAACUGAACUGGUUGCCAGCCAAUCGCAGGGCACAUGGAGACAAAGAGCCGCACUCACAAUCACACCUAGGGGGAAUUUAGAGUGUCCAAUUAAUCUUCUUUGCCUCUCGGCUUGUCCCGUUAGGGGUCGCCACAGCGUGUCAUCUUAGAUGAACGCACAUUUGUUUGGCACAGUUUUACGCUGGAUGCCCUUGCUGACGUAACCCCUCUGCAUUUAGCCGGGGAGAGAAGCUUACAGCACCUGGUAUUCCCAGGCGGUCUCCCAUCCAAGUACAAACCAGGGGCAAACCCGCUUAGCUUCCGAGAUCUGACGAGAUCGGGCGUUCUCAGGGUAGCAUGGCCUGAAGCAGAGUGUCCAAUUAAUGUUGUAUGUUUUUGGGAUGUGGGAGGAAACCGGAGUGCCCGAAGAAAACCUACACAGGCACGGGGAGAACAUGCAAACUCCACACAGGCAGGUCCAGGAUUGAACCUGGUACCGCAGAACUGUAAGUGCAAAACUUUCCAGCUGAUCCACCGUGCCGCCCCCAAGAGAACCCAAGACAUCCAAAUCAUCUUAAAUAUGUGACCACAUCCAAAUCUUCUUAAAUAUGUGACCCCAUGGAUUCUCUUGGGCUAAUGUUCAAGAUCAUCAAAUAAUUGUAAAUAUCAGACAAAUACAAGCAAAGGUUUUUAACUGGACCCAGAAGCGGGCAAAGGCCGAAGAAGUUUCGGGAAGGGAUUCAGAGUUGGAUCGUUGAAGCAUACUGGCGGCUCAUCUAGAAAUGGAGCAUGCGGCAGAUGGUAGUGUGAGCAAGUGGACGGCUGGACACCGUGGUGGAAGAGGUCUGCAAGGCGGGGAACACGGAUCGAGCACUCAGGACAAGGAAAAACAUGGAGAUCAAGAAUAUUGCGAGUUUACAUCCAAGUCGGGAGCCAGACGAUAGAGUCUUGGAUCUGCCAGGUUUAAAGGCAAGUGAUACACAGAUGUGAAAGGCUUAUUGGGAGUUUUAGAAAAUACUUCAUAUUAGUUGCUGCUAAGUAUGGCCCAAUCUCUCAUUAGGUGCAGCCGGCCAUUACUUUUUAAUAUAGGGCCAGGUAACAUUGAAAAUGUUUUUUUCCCCCUUAAAAUAUGAAAUCAACAUUUAUAAACAGGUUGGGGUUGAGUUAUAUUUGUCUCAUAUCUACACUUGUUUGGUGAGCUUAAUAAAGUGGAACCAAUACAUUUUGUAUAUUCAAAGUGAGUAUUUAAUACAAACAAUACAGUGGUAUUUUUAUCUGCAACAUAUUACUA